AUGACUAUGGCCGACUUCGAAUACAUUUCUCUCACCACGAAGCCGUCAGCUAAGAUAUGCUUUCGAUUCCACGAUCCCAUAUCCGAAGAGAAGCCCGUCUUGAUCGUGUUUCUCAACGGCCUUGGACUACCCCAAGAGGCCUGGUCUCCUACGAUCACCAGACUGAAAGAACUCCGUCAGUCAUGCAGGAUGCCGGCUAUACUGACCUAUGAUCGUUAUGGUCAGGGCUUAACGAUCGACCGCGACCCGAACGAUGCCGGGGCUGUGGACCCCACCAAGGCCCACGAUGCGGUCGCCGUGAUCCAGGACCUGAGACAGCUGAUUGUUCAAGUCGCCAGCGCAAGAAUGGGUAUUACCGACAUUAGCCAUCUCAGCCUUGUCUUCGUGGCCAACUCUAUUGGGUGUGCGCUGGGUCGCCUUUUCGCACAAGAGUAUCCCGGCCUGGUAGCGGCCUUGCUGCUGCUAGACAGCUACAUCGCCAAUACGGACUUUGUGUCCGCUUAUCCAGACCCGGAUGCGCCAGGCUUUGACCCAAGCACUCUCCCGCGGGGCGUCACUCCAGAGAAUCUUCAUACGACUCGUGAAGGCAUGAGACGGUUGUUCCACCCCGAUGGGGGGAAGAGACCGUUCGUCGUUGUUAUUGGUCAUGAUUUUGACGUCUUUGCUGCGGAGACUACGAGAAUGGGUGCCACAGAGGCAGUCACAAACGCUUAUCUAAACCCUUACUGGCACAAGUAUAACGAAGGUCUGGCGCACAUCACCGAUCCAGACAGAAGUAGGGGACCAAUCCAGGCACCCAACGCUGGCCACUUUAUACAGCGGGAUAACCCUGAUUUGGUAGCUCAUGAGUUGGAUACUCUCCUUCGGAAACUUUCAUAA